AUGAUGAAAGCCCAGGAAUCACUGACACUGGAGGAUGUGGCCGUGGACUUUACCUGGGAGGAAUGGCAGCUCCUGGCCCCUGCCCAGGAGGAGCUAUACUGGGAUGUGAUGUUGGAGAACUAUAGGAACCUGGUGUCAGUGGGGUAUCAAGCCAGCCAACCAGAUGCACUCUCUGAACUGGAACAAGGAGAACCACUCUGGAUUUUAGAAGAUGAAGUCCAAAGUCAAACCCAUCCACACUGA